AGCCUCCGCUCAGGCUCCGCGAGCAGGAGCAGCCGCGGGCGGCUCUGCCCUCCUUUCCCUCGGGCUCUCUCUCCGCUCGCGCAUCCCGGGCGGCCUCGAGAGCAGCCGGAGCAGCAUCGGGAGCGGGUGCCGGACCCGCUGAGGACGCCCGUGUCCCCCAUGGCGCGGCUGCUGCCCCUGGGCUGCGCGCUGCUGGCGCUCAGCACCUGCCUGCUGCUGCGCGCCCGCGCAGACUGCGGCCGCCAGUGCGCAGCCUGCGCCUACCGCCUCGGCCCGCGCGCCCGCAUCCUGCCCCUGGCAUGUACACUAGAAUGUGAAGGAAAGCUGCCUCCCGCCAAAGCUUGGGAGACCUGCAAGGAGCUCCUGCAGCUGACAAAACUGGAUCUUUCUGAGGAUGGCAAUAGUGCUCCAGGAGACAAGAAAGAGCUGGAUGAGAACCACUUGCUUGCAAAGAAGUAUGGGGGCUUCAUGAAAAGAUAUGGGGGGUUCAUGAAGAAAAUGGAUGAGCUCUAUGGGGUGGAACCAGAGGAGGAAGCUGAUGGAGGAGAGAUCCUGGCUAAGAGGUAUGGAGGAUUUAUGAAGAAAGACUCGGAUGAUGACACCCUGGCUAAUUCCUCUGAUCUCCUGAAGGAGCUUCUAGGAACAGGGGAUAACCCUGAAGCUGGACAUUACGGAGAGAUAAAUGAAAAUGACGGAGAUGUCAGCAAAAGAUAUGGAGGCUUCAUGAGAAGUGUAAAGCGUAGUCCAGAAUUGGAAGAUGAAGCCAAAGAGCUGCAAAAGAGAUACGGUGGUUUCAUGAGAAGAGUGGGCAGGCCGGAGUGGUGGCUGGAUUACCAGAAACGAUACGGUGGGUUUCUUAAGCGCUUUGCUGAUUCUAUUCUCCCUUCAGAAGAAGAUGGGGAAAGCUAUUCCAAAGAGAUCCCAGGGAUGGAAAAGAGAUAUGGCGGAUUUAUGAGAUUUUAAUACCUUCUCCCCUUAAUUCCUUUUGUUCUAAAUGAGAAAGACUGCCUUAUUGGUCAUAACUUAUUGUAAUGUGUUGCUUGUACUGUACAGUUUUUUACUGUCCUGGUAAAUGAUGUAACCUGCAAUCUGUUCUUUCAGGUCCCGUGUUCUUUUAAGUCAAAUAACUACUUUCCUGUUUAGCCAAGUUCAAGUCUGUAUUGUAGUUUCCAUGUUAAAACUAUUUUGAUUACUGUAUUCAUUUUCUUUAAAGAAGAAGUACAUCUACAGUAGAAUUGCUUAACUGUAUAWAUAAUAAAUUCGUCAUCCUAACUGCAUAAAUAUUGAAAUAUGUGUUAUUUUCUGCCAGUCAUUUAAUCAAACAUCAUAUCAUCUUUU